CCAGCCGACGCCUCGGUGCUGGGGAGCUCCUGGCGUCUCUCGCUGACCCAGCGGCGGCGACGGGGAUGAGGAUGGCUGCGCUGGCGAGCCCGGCCGAGCGGGCCGUCUUGGAAGAAGAAUUUAAAUGGCUUUUAGGGGAGGAAGUUCACUCCGUCCUUCGUCAGCUGCAAGAAAUCCUAAAGGAAGCUUCCCAUCGGUUUAAUUUGCCAGCCAGCAGCUCAGAAGGGCCUGUAAAACAGGAAAACUUUAUCCUAGGGAGUUCCAACGUCGACCAGGUGAAAGGAGUCCUAACCCUCCAGGGAGAUGCUUUGUGUCAAGCGUGAGACUUAACUUUGAAAAUGCCCAGAAAUACCAGUUGGUCCACUUGCUUUCCGGGAUGACAACAGUGGAAACUCCGCAAGUAAAUUCAGGAUGCCAGGAACCAUGUCAACCAAGCAGUCUACCUGCUUACCAACCGGAGCGCCAAUUACCAGUUCAAGACAGGAAGCGAGGUUGUCAAGCUGAUGGAUGCUGUGAUGUUGCACCUGACACGAGCUCGGAAUCGUCUCACCACACCUGCCACCCUGAGCUUGCCAGAGAUCGCCAGCAGUGGACUUACGAAAAUGUUCACUCCAUCGCUGCCUUCAGACCUCCUGGUGAAUUUCUAUAUCAACCUAAAUAAGGUCUGCUUAACGGUCUACCAGCUGCAUCCUUUACAGCCCAGUUCCACAAAGAACUUCCGGCCAGCUGGAGGGUCCAUGCAUAACCCCGGGGCUAUGUUCGAGUACAGUAACCAAAGAUACGAAGUCAGCCACGUACACAAGGUGGAGUGUGUGGUGCCCUGGCUGAACGAUGCCCUGGUUUUCUUCACCGUGUCCCUGCAGCUUUGCCAGCAACUCAAGGAUAAGAUUGCCGUGUUUUCCGGCUACUGGAACUAUUGGCCCUACUGAUCAUCUUCUCGCAGAGAGUGGUCCGGUCAGUUUCAGCCACUCUUCUUCUCGCGAAGGUCUCAUGAUAUAAACUCUUUUAUCUGCGAAGAGCAUCCAGAUUCUGCCACUCCAUGGGCAAGGAGGCCAUCGGCAUCUUUGUAUUCAGAAUGUCAUUAUUUAUUAGCACUUUAGAAAGUAACGUUCAUUUCUUUCCAUGGGCAUCAAAGUUAGGCGUCAGUAAACCCUGGUCAAACCACGCCCCGUUGGAGGGGGCGGGGUGGGGGAGUGGAAAGUGGCUACGAACAGGAGUGGGGACGAAGCGCAGCCUUUGCUGACCCUGUUUUGGGCUCGUCUCAGAAAGACCAACUGUGGGGUGGGUCACACCGUGUUCCUUUCUUGGCGAAUCCUUGUCACGUUUUGGAUUUUGUUCUCCCUCCUGCCUGCCCCUUCCCGAGCCUUUUGCACCGUAGUGACGGUUCACUUCCAUAACGUGUGAAAAGCGUUAAAGGGACAGCUGGGUUUUGGUGAUGGGUCACCCCCUAUUUCCGCGAUGGCGAACAAGUCACCCCAGCUCAGCUCCACUGCGCAUGCAAGGGUGCCCUCCCUGGUUUUCAGGUCUGCUGCGCAUGCAGGGGGCAGUGCGAAUGCGUGGGGAGUUGUGCGUGGCGGUGGGAAGCUGGGGAAGUGCAGAGGGUUGAGUGUGCAUGCGCAGGGGGUGGGGCACACAUGGGGUCAGAUGGUUUUCAGGUCUGCGCAUGCAGGGGGCAGUGGUGAAUGCUUGUGGAGUUGUGCUUGGGGGGAGCUGGGGAAGUGCGGAGGGUUGCGUGUGCAUGCGCAGGGGGGGGGCACACAUGGGGUCAAAUGGUUUUCAGACGGGGCGGGGGCAAAUGCGUGUGGAGUUGUGCUUGGGGGGAGCUGGGGAAGUGCGGAGGGUUGCAUGUGCAUGCGCAGGGGGUUGGGCGCACAUGGGGUCAGCUGGUUUUCAGGUCUGCGCAUGCAGGGGGCGGUGGUGGAUGCGUGGGGAGUUGUGCAUGGGGGCUGGGAAAGUACGGAGGUUGAGCGUGCAUGCGCAGGGGGUGGGGUGCACAUGGAGGUCACAUGCACAGCAAGGCAUGGAGGAGGUCACACCUGAAUUGCAUUAUGGGUAUGCGCGCAUGCACUUUCGGCACCCAGCAACAAAAAAGGUUAGCCCUCACUGCCCUAUUUUGUAGAACCAGAUAAGACCAGGAUAGUCCAACCUUUUUGUUGUCAUGUGCCAAAAGCGCGCCCAUAAUGCAAUGCGUACACGACCCAUGACCCUGUGCAUGCUCCCCUCCCCCUAGUCAUGUGUGCAUCUCCCCCGUGCAUGCACCCUACCCCUCCUGGCUCAUUUUUGGCUCCCAGGUUGGUGCAGGAGGCUUUCCAAGCCCAAGACAGAAGGCCGCCUGCACCAACCUGGAAGCCAAAAUUGGGGCGCGGGGGUUUCAUGCGAGGCCCCAAAAUGCUAUUUAAGUGCCCCCCGAAGACCAGCUGGCUGGUGAGAAGCAGAGGCGCACGUGCGGUGGAGCUGGGCUGGAGCGAGGGCUGGCAUGCCUGCAGAGAGGACUCUGUGCCAUGGUUUGCCCUCAUGGCGAUAGACGCUGCUGCUUCAUCAGGUCUUCCAGAGAAUCUUCGCUGGCCACCGAACAGUAGAAAAAGUCCUGGGUAACAAAGUCAGUUGCUGCUACACAUCACAUGAAUCCUAGUCUGUGCUGCUUAUAUUGUGUGGAAUAAACCUCCCUCAUUGUG